UGUUAAAUAUUCUUCUUAAAAUCAUUCUAAGCUGCUACCAGCUGCGCCCACACAAUCCAUUGAUUCAUUCAGUGAGCGAGAAAGUGAGAAGUUGUGGCCACCAAUUUUUAAUUUCAUUUUUAUAUAAAAGAAGAAGAAUCAUCAUCUGUAUACAUUACUAGCCAUUAGCUAAACAGACAAAUGUGUUUCAGAGUAUUAUUAGGAGUUUCUCUUCUUAUCUUGAUUUAUCUCAUUAAUCUUGCUCCUGCAUAUCCUCUUCACCACACCUUGCUUUCAGAAAUUGUGCAGAAUAGCAAGUUCGAAGAUAAGGGAAUACUAUAUGGAAGUAGGAUAGGAGGCGCUGGUCAUGGAGGCAGUUCACACGGAAAUGGAAAUGGAAAUUCAGGAUCACCUGAAACACGAGGAGGAGGAGCUGCACUUAUACCUGUUUAUGCAGCAGGUGCUGCAAACAAAAAUCACCAACAUCAGACCCGUCAUGGUGCUGCAAACUGCAACCUUAACAAAAUCAGAUUUUCCAACUUGCUUAUGAUCAUCCUGGUCUAUCCUCUCAUACUGUCAUUUUUGUUGUAAUAGAAAGCGCAAAAAAUAGUUCAUUGUAUAUUAUGUAACAACUGUUACAGGUCUUUCGAGAAAUAGUGCUGUCAUGGUCUACUGAUGUAUUUUGUUUAGGUUAAAUUUGUGACACUUUGCAGAAUGUAUCAAAUGCUGAUGAAUAAAACUUGUUUCGAAUGGCAAGGAAUA